AACACAUUGAUGCCGAUGUACCCGAUGUAUCACUACCAUCAUCAAACACAGACGAUGGGCGUGCCGGCCCACAUCUUUCCACCAACGACGGCGGGGCCCAUGACCACAGUUCCGGCGAUCAUCUCGAAACCUGUGUCGAUUGCUCCCAACACAGUUUGUUUGGCUGUGGAAUAGGUGCAGUUGGAACAGGUGAGGGCAUAAAGAAGGGGACUUAGCUGGCAAAUAAUAACAAAGGGGAGGAUGGAAGCUGCUCAGAGCAACAUUAUUAUCUGAUCUGUUGUGGCUCUUUCUUUCCAUAAUUUUCCUCUCUUUUUUUUUUUUUUUUGAACUCAAAUUUAUUUUAUUAAAUAUUUAAUUAUUAUUCUUAUUUAGGUGUUUUAUAAUAUUCUUUCAUUCCCAACCAUCCCCCUCUAACAAUGUAAGCUUUUGAGCUAUGAACAUUUGAAACCCCUAAUGUAAUAGAAGUCAUAUCUUAUG